AUGAAUGAAAUUGGUUUAGAUCCAGGUAUCGAUCACUUGUAUGCGGUGAAGACUAUUGAAGAAGUUCACCAAAAGAACGGUAAGAUUAAGUCAUUCUUAAGUUACUGUGGUGGUUUGCCAGCUCCAGAAAAUUCCGACAAUCCUUUGGGUUACAAAUUCUCUUGGUCCUCUAGAGGUGUCUUAUUAGCCUUGAGAAAUUUCGCUAAAUAUUGGAAAGAUGGUAAGGUCGUCGAUGUUAAGUCUGAAGAUUUAAUGGCUACUGCCAAGCCAUACUUUAUCUACCCAGGUUUUGCCUUCGUUUGUUACCCAAACAGAGAUUCUACCACUUACAAGGAAUUAUAUAACAUUCCAGAAGCUGAAACUGUUAUCAGAGGUACCUUAAGAUUCCAAGGUUUCCCUGAAUUCGUUAAGGUUUUAGUAGACCUUGGAUUCUUAAAGGAUGAUGAAUCUCCUAUUUUCAGCAAGCCAAGUGCCUGGAAGGAUGCUUUAGCUGCUUUAAUUGGUGCUAAAUCUUCUGAAGAAAAGGAUUUAGUUGCUAAGAUCUCUGAAGUCGGUACUUUCAAGAGCGAAGAAGACAAAGAACGUAUUUUGUCUGGUUUGAAAUGGUUAGGAUUAUUCUCUGACAAACAAAACACACCAAGAGGUAACCCAUUAGAUACCUUAUGUGCUACUUUAGAAGAAAAGAUGCAAUAUGAAAAGGGAGAAAGAGAUUUGGUUGUCUUACAACACAAGUUCGGUAUUGAAUGGGCCAAUGGUGAAACCGAAGUUAGAACUUCUACUCUUGUUGACUACGGUAACCCAGAUGGCUACUCUUCGAUGGCUAAGUUAGUUGGUGUCCCAUGUGCAGUUGCUACCCAACAAAUUUUAGAUGGUACCUUAAGUAUCAAGGGUUUAUUAGCCCCAAUGUCCUCUGACAUUAACGACCCAAUUAUGAAGACCUUAAAGGAUGACUAUGGUAUUUAUUUAGUUGAAAAGACUGUUGGUUAA